AUGACCAAACUGGAGACGCGGUUGGAUAACAUCUUAUUGAAACUGGAGGUCCCAACAGAAACAACCGAACAGCCAGCAAAGAAGGAAAAGCAGGCGCCACCUAGCAGUAGUGUCUAUACGUCAACACCCAAACUUGACCAUUCGCUAGAUCCGUCGCUGCCCGACUGGAUCCAGGAGCGCUCCGAGCAGCUGCGCGCCGGCCAGGUGGCGCACCUGACAGCGCAGGAGACCGACUUCUGGAAGUCGCUGCUGAAGAAGUACCUGGCUCCGGCCGAGCGAGACGAGGAGCACGAGGCGCGGCUGAAGGCCGAGCUGAUCGAGUUACGAAACGUCUGCGCGCUAACGCUCCUCAUCGUGAACGUGUUUGCCAUGACGAUCGUCUUCUUCCUACAGAUCAACCCGGACGUGCACAUCGCCUGGCCGCUCGACACGUCCGUCAACCUGACGCCGAUCGCCUUCGUCUUCAUCCUGCUCUACGUGUCGAUUUUACUCGUGCAGAUUGUCGGCAUGAUUUUCCACCGGCUCGGCACGCUCAUGCACAUCAUGGCCGCCACCCGCCUCGAGCUGACCUGCUGCAGCAGGCGCGACGCGCCGUCUAGCGGCGAGGCCGACCUGCAGGCGAACGGUGUGCAGUACGUGAAGCGGCUGCAGCAGCUUCGCGGCGUCGACAGCAUCACGCCGCCCGACGACGACGCGAGGCGGCCGGCAGGCGGCGCGGCGGUCGCGCACGCCGGAUUGCAGCGGCGCCGACAGAAGACGGUGAAGUACGAGGAGGCGUUCAUCAAGCGUCUCGAGCAUCUUCCCGAUGUCGACAACAUGGCGCCGACAGCCGGCAGCGUGAAGAUCAGCCGAGAGCUGACGAUUAACAAGAGCACGGCUUUUGCGAUGUCCGUCAAGCGGCGCUCGGUCAAGCAGCCUGCGAGGAUCACCUUGUCAACGACAGCGUCAAACCUGCCCGUAUAAUUACCAACAUGUUCUGCUUGCAUCUAUGACAAAUACGACAUACGCAUAUACGCUCUCCUAUGACACUAU